UAUUCUGCAUGUCAAAUCAUAUAAUGACGCCCCUUUUCGUCUAAAUUACCAAAAAUUACUUUGCAUCUAAAUUAUAUCUUAUUCUAAUAGCAGUAAAGAUGUUCAAUUGUUGACUUUAUCAUGUAAUGUAAUAGAAAAUAGUAGAAAUAGUCUCAUUCGUAGUAAAAAAUGACGACACUACGAAAAUAUUUUCAAUUGGUCAAAACAAAGGGAAAUACGAUUGAAGACGCAUGAAUGAACUGCGUUGCGUUACGUAGUGUGUUAAAACUAGGCGGACGCCCCACCAGACUGUAAUUGUGCCACAGAAACAGUUAAAAGUUCUAGUUAAUGUGAUUAAAGUGCUCAACAAUGGCUGCAGCGUUCGACUCGCCCAAAUACCAAAACAGUUUAAUUUGCUGCAGCCCACGAACGGCGGACGCUUACUCAAAAUCCUCCUCGUCGACCUCGGGUUGUGUGUCAGCUGAUGAAAGCUACGAUUCCUUACAUCAAGUACCAAAAACGAUAGCUAUUAAAAAACUAAAAAUCCACAGCACAGCAACGAAAGAAGAAGUCGAAAAGGCAAUUAAACAAUGCAAGGAAUUAAUUUUAAAUAGCCAACAGUGCUCCGAUGAGCGUAAGUGGCUUGUUAGAUAUCUAGUCGAACUGCGAUUACGUUUGGAAGAUAUUAAGGACACUGACGGACAGCCUAGAUUAGGUGUGUGUAUAAAAGGUCACCAUUUUAAGCAACAAACAACACCUCAGAACAGAAAACAGUACUGCGACCAUUGUAGUGGUGUAAUAUGGAGUAUUGUACAAAGCUCAUACAUUUGCAGCGACUGUGGCUAUUUAAGUCAUUACAAAUGUGUAGACUACAUUUGCAGAGUCUGUGCACAUGUUGUUAUGACUGACAAGGGGCAGUUUGAGAUGGAUAUCUGUCCGGAAAAAGGUUUAGCAGCUCAAGACUAUAAAUGUGCGGAAUGUGGAACAGCGCUGACCUUUAAAGAUGCUUGGAAUGAGCCAAGGCUAUGUGACUACACUGGCUUGUACUUCUGCACAACAUGUCAUUGGAACGAUCAAUCGGCAAUACCUGCCAGAGUUGUACAUAAUUGGGACUGGGACAAACAUUACGUAUCACGACUCGCCUUCCAGAUGUUGAACCUAGCUUGGAAUCUUCCUUACAUAGAUCUAGAGAGCAUCAAUCCGAAGCUUUUUAAUUUUAUAGCAGAACUAGAAUGGGUGCAUAAGAUGCGAAAAGACCUUGAGUGGAUGAGGAGAUACUUAUGUGCCUGUUCAGAGGGCUCAACUCUUCUUUCGCCUUUGUUUAUGCAGUUAGGAGAUAUUAAUAAGAAGUACAGUAUGGCACAUUUGCAAGCAAUUAAUGAUGGGACUCUAGAGACACAACUAACAGAGUUGACGGAAGUCUGCCGCACUCACAUUACCAAAUGCAAUUUAUGCUCAGGGAAGGGUUAUUUAUGUGAAAUUUGUAGUAAUGAUGAGAUUCUCUAUCCAUUUGACAGUGGGGCCAUAAUGUGUAACAAAUGUAACACCAUGUUACACCGAGUCUGUUGGCUCCGCAAAGGACAGAAAUGCCCAAAAUGUGUCCGUUUAGAAGAACGAAAGAAACUACAUGAAGUUACCGACGAAGCUGAUACAAGCGCUGAACAUGAAUAUGACAUAGACAAAUUUGUUGAAUGAUUUGACAUUUAUAUUUUAUUUUGUACAUUAUUUUUGCCAAACUAACAUUUAAGUCAUUGGACUUGCAAAAUAGACAUGCAAUUUUGUAAAUUAACAUUAUAAAUGGUGCUGUACAUUUUAGCAAUAAUAUAUGAUCAAAGCUUUAAAUAAAUGGCUUAAUUAAUUAUGGAAAGUGGUUCACAACUUGGCAUUAUGUUUAGCUUCCUCAAAUAUAGGUUAAACUAAAAUAUUAACUCACUUUUAUAUUUUUUAUUAUAAUCAACUACCUAUUUAAUGAUCUAAACCUCUUGUUAAUGGACAUUUUAAAUCUUUAAUUCAUGUUAAUUGACUUAUUUGUGUAAGUAUAAUCUUUUGACCACUAAUUUGUAUUGACUUUCUUUUGACAUAAAAAAUAUCUAUGGCCUGGCGGUGAUCUAAAAGUCCUCAUCAUAUCAGACUGAACAAGAUGCUCAUAAUCAUCUGAACAUGAUUAUUAGCAAGGAUUUAUACAGCAUGUUCAUUAUGUUCAACUAUUUUAGAGCAUCUGUAUAGUACAGAUAUAUUUGAUGAUGGUAACUAUAAACUAAAGUCAGCCUUCAAAUUAUAUGUAGAUUUAAAAAUUGGACUUCCAAGUAAGGUUGACAUGUAGAAUGUAAAUAUAUACCUAUACAUAGUGACAUUGUUGUGUUUAUGUAUUAGAUCAUACAGAUGUCAAGGGAAUAGACGGCCUGUGAUUUUGUAUGUUGUUCCAUUAUCUUGUAUGUUAAUGUUAAGUUAGAUAUUUGUCAAAUUUAUAUUUACAGUAAAAUAUUAAAACUAUUACAUUAAAAUUGUAUUUAAUAAUUUAAUGAGUCAGUACAACCAAUUCUGCGUUUAAA